AAGCAAAUGACAGCUAUUCACAUCGUCCACGGUUUGUUGUGUAUUCCUUAGCAUUGGUUGACACUCGAAGUGUCUCUUUUACGGGCUGCCAAGAUUGGAGACGCAGUUCACACCACCUCAGCCAUUCUCUGUUGUAAAACCUCGAAGCUGACAUGAGAGUGCUGACUCAGUCAAAAGCGAAUAUGGACCACGGGUCCAGAUCGGGUGGGCCUCACUCCGUUUACGCUGGGCUGAGUGUAGAGAACCGUGUCCUUGCCGAGGCCUCCUCAGCAGUGUCCAAGUCUCUCUCCAUGCCACCAUCCUGGGCUACUCAGACCUCUUUCUCCCCCAGCCUCUCCCUCCAACCGUCCCGCCUCUCCUCCACCACGUCCAGCUCUCCUCUUUUCUCUCCCGUCACCCCCACUCAUGUGACGUCCACCUCCUCCACCCUCCUCAACACUGAGAAUACUCAGUUGAAGAGGAGCUCACUCCUCUUUCCUCCCUUGUCCUCUCAUUCCACACCCCUUAACCCCUCACUCACCACUACCCUGACUCCUUCUGUUGGAGUCUCUGCUCCCAUCUGCUCCUGGCCUGCUCCUCCUGAGGUGUACAUGAGAGAAAGAGGGAAGAGUCUAUGUUCAUCUGAAGACCUGCAGUCACAUGAUGAAACGCUUUCUCAGGACUCUGAAUGCGGAGGCUUUGAGUGUGAAGAUACAGCAUUGUCUGCUGAGAUGCCUGUCCUGGAUCUGGGAUUGGAUGAUCAAGAAGAGGAGACAGUAGUUCUUGAUGAGGAAUUUGGUAAACCUGAAACAGAUAAAAAUGAACAGAUGGAAGAUCUUAAGGACAAGAAGUACCGGCUCCUGAAUGAGGUGUGCAGUUCCUUGGUCAAUAAGAGUUGUACCCCAACCUCGAACUCUCGGCAUGUGGAGAGCAGUGUGUGGAACAGGAUUAUAAGACUGGCUGAAGAUAUCGCUCUCAAAGACCCUCAGUUCCUCCUCAAGGUUGCAGUCUACACCAGACAGGAACUGAAUAUUCGUGCCACGGCCAAUUUUCUAUUGGCUCUGGCUGCUCAUCUACCUGAUACCAAGCCACACUUGCGCAGGUACUUUUGUGCAGCUGUGCAGCUGCCAUCUGAUUGGCUGGAGGUGACAAGACUGUAUGGUACGUGUUUUAGCGCGUCUCUUCCGUCUUGUCUGAAGAAAGCUCUGGUGGACAAAUUCAAGCAGUUCAACGAAUAUCAGCUGGCCAAAUACAACACACGCAAGCAUCGCUGCAAACACAGUCGCAAAAAAAAGACGGCUAAGAAACCCUCACGAGAGCAGUUGAAGAGUUGGGCUCGCCUACUUGGAUCAGAUGCUGAAAGUCUUGAGAAAUAUUUACAGAUGGGAACACGCGCUGCCGUGGAUAAGAGACAGAGUGAAUUCAGUCUAAAGAACAUGAUAAAGCGUCUUCAUAUCAAAGAGCCAGCGGAGUAUAUCAUGGCUAUACUGGGAAAGAGGUACCCUGAGGACAUGAAGACCUUCACACGCAGUGGUCUCAGUGGAGUGUGGCAGAGUGAGAGAGCAGGACAGCGUAUGAAACUCACGCAGCCAGAUACCUGGGACCGCAAACUCACCCAGGAGGGCAACAAUGCUGCCACCUGGGAGAAGCUCUUAGACAGUAAUUCUUUGCCAUUCAUGGCUAUGCUGAGGAACCUCAGAAACAUGAUUACCCAGGGCAUUAGUGAAAAACAUCACCAGAGGAUCCUGAAUAAACUCACCUCUAAGGCUGCAGUGAUGCAGAGUCGACAGUUCCCCUUCCGUUUCCUGUCAGCAUAUAAAGUCAUAAUGGAGCUGGGCGAGACUAUUGGCGGACCUCACAAAGCAGUGCGCAGUUCUCAGGAGCUCCUGAAAGACAUUCUGAAGAAGAUGCCGAAAAACAGGCGUUCUGAAGGGGUGUGCUGGCAAACAGCUGGGCGAAAAAGGCUUAGAAUGAGUCUGGCGGUGCCCUUUGUUUAUCGCAUGUUCAAAAAGAAGCACAAAUUACAGAUGAAGGCCAAUCAGCAGUUAUACAGUCAGAGGCUUUUGGACCGAUACCGACAGGCUCUUGAGACAGCCAUACAGAUAUCGUGCCGGUACAACAUCCCCCCGCUGCCUGGGCGGACUUUAGUGAUCUGUAGCACAACCUUCAGGGAAGGCCAUGGAUGUAGCGGCAUUAAGGAUUUGUGCCUCCCCCCCGAGCCAGAUGCCUCAUCCCAAAAUGCACAUCUUACCGCAUCAGUACAGGAAGUUGCGGUGCUUCUGGCGCUGAUGAUUGGCUACUGCAGUGAGAAUGCUCAGCUGAUGCUUAGCAACAGCUAUGGACUUACUGAGGCAGAAUUCAAAUCUGACAUCAUCCUGGAGAAUGUGAGGCAUGUAAUGAAGAAAGUGCAGGACCACAGCAGUGACACGGAGACCACACCCUUUAGUAAAUUCUUCUGUGGUAUUUAUGGACAGCAGAAUAAGGUGGAUAGCAUAAUUGUUCUGGAUGGUGACUGUUGUGACAUAGAUUUGAGCAGAGAAAUUACGAAAUAUCAAAUGGAUGGAAACAGCAAUGCUGUUGUGGUUAAUGUCCUACUUGGAUCAUCAAGCUCAGACAACCAAGAUGUUGCAACAGGCAGGAACUCAGUGACGCUCCACGGUUUCAGCGAGCAGAUCCUAAAGUUUAUUUCAGAGAGAGGAUCCUCUAGGCUUCUGGACCACAUUGAAUGCAUUGAUAAACUGUACAACAUUCCACCUCCACAAGGGACCAAAGAUCAGAUCGAACAAGCAGCUGAUGUGUCCCUGCUGCCUGCCACACCAAAGUUAAGGUGGCGUGGAGUGCGGGUUUUCAUUUCGUCCACUUUCAGGGACAUGCAUGCUGAAAGAGAUAUUCUCGUGCGAAGCGUGUUUCCUGAGCUCCGCCGUCGUGCUGCGCCACACUGCCUGUACCUGCAGGAGGUGGAAUUGCGCUGGGGAAUCACUGAGGAGGAGACAAGCCGUACUGUGGAGCUCUGCUUGUCUGAGGUCUGCCGCAGCCAAGUGCUGCUGGGAAUUCUGGGAGAAAGAUAUGGUUUAGUGCCACCCCGUCCCUCCUUACCCGAUCUUCCUCAGUACAGUUGGCUGGAAUCUGCUCCCUCUGGCCUUUCCAUCACAGAGAUGGAGAUUCGACAGUUCGAGGCUCUGUUUCCUGAUUCUGCUCAGAGUCGCAUGUUCUUCUACUUCAGAUCGCCUCACCUGUCCAAGUCAGUACCGGUUGCAUGGAGGGCUGAUUUCGCAUCAGAAUCCAAGGAGGCAGAAGCUAAAAUGGACAAUCUGAAGAAACGACUCCUAAACAGUCAUUUUAAUGUCACUGAAAAUUACCCCUGUGAGUGGGGUGGCGUAGUAGAUGGAAAACCUUUUGUGAAAGGCCUUGAAGACUUUGCCAAGGCUGUCCUGGAUGAUCUUUGGGCUGCAUUACUGAAACUCUUUGUUGAGGAAACAGAUGAGACUGAUCUCCAGUCAGAAAUCAAAGAACAGGAAGUGUACCAGGAUGCCCAGCAGCGUCUGUUCCACGGGCGAGGAAAACUGGUCUCUAUGGCAAUAGAGAAAGUUAAGGAGAGUCAGGAGAAAGGGGGAAUUGUGCUCAUUGAUGGUGUUGCUGGAGAGGGCAAGACUGUGUUCAUGGCUGCUCUGGCUCACGCCCUCAGAACUCCAAACAAGUCCAAGAAAGCCCACGUCUGUGAUGUAAUAUCCUAUUCUACAGCUGCCAGCCAGUCAGCAUGCAGAGUGGAGCAGCUGCUACGCUGCUUGGUCCUAUGCUUGAGAAGAAGGAAGAAACAAGAGGAAGAGUUAGCCGUUAACUUGUCUUACAGAGACCUCUUGGUGGAAUUCAACUCUCAGCUGAGUGAGGUCAGGAAAGGACAACCUCUGGCUUUGCUAAUUGAUGGAGCAGACCUUCUGGAUGAUGCCAGAGGCCAAAAGGUGUCCGAAUGGAUACCUCAACGCCUCCCCAAGGUCAGAGAGUUUACACACACGGGAGUGUCUUUGGUUCUGAGUGUCACUUCCAACUCGACUCUUCACCAAACUGUGUCCAAAAGGAGAAGUUCCAUAUCCUUUCCACUGGGGCCGUUAUCCGUGCCAGACCGACGGGACAUAGUUCAAAAGGAACUAGCUGUUUAUGGGAAGAAACUAAGUGAUUCUGCAUUUAACAACCAGCUCCAAACACUUCUGAUGAAGAAAGGAGCUGUGAGCCCACUUUAUCUACACUUAGCCUGUGAAGAGCUGAGGAACUAUGCGUCUUUUGAAAAGAUGAAGGAAAGCCUCCAGUCUCUCCCUCAGUCUCUCUGUGAGCUGGUGCAGCGCAGCCUGCUGAGGCUGGAGUCUCAGUACGGCAGUGCGGGGCUGGGCUGGGCGCUGGGGGCUCUAGCUGUCAGUAAAACUGGGCUGAGAGAGAGAGAUCUGUACACCAUACUAUGCAUGUGCAAUGACCUAACAACUCAAGGAGGGCGGGCAACAUGGCAGGACAUGUUACGUUUGGCGAGAAACCCAAAGAGCCGUGUUCCCAUGGCAACCUUCUCACAGCUGGGACGAACUUUAGAAAGCCUUAUCAGUCCGUCCCUUGCUCGAGGCCCAGAUGACUGCUUAACUCUGACCAAUCCGGAGGUGAGGUCUGCCUUUGAGCAGAUUCUCCUUUCAACAGAGGAAGACCAGAACAGAGCUCACCUUAUUAUGGCAGCUCACCUUUGGGUUAGGUCGGACCCCCAGGGGAAGAACACAUUUCUUUAUUGUGACUUGGACACUCUCAUCCAGCUACCCCAUCACCUGAUGAACUGUGGUCAGUGGGAAGCUAUGCAUUUUCUGCUUUCCAGUUACUACUUCCUCUAUGCCAAUGUGCGACAUGGACUCCUUCAUCACCUUUUUGAGACCUACAUGUCAUUUUCAAAGAGGAAUGGGCAGGAGUCAGAGUCGGUCUGUUCAGAUGCACCAUCAGAUCAGAAUUCCAUGGGUGAUUUGGAAGACUGUCACCGUUUCCUGCAGUGCCAUGCCCCACUCCUGUCUCGCUGGCCAGGUCUCUUUGUACAGCAAGCUCUUAAUGAACCUUGCAAUACCAAAGCCCAUGCAUGGGCACAGGACAUGUUGUCAAAGAGAGGUGCACACGCAGUGAGGUGGCUGAACAACACAAGAGAGACACCGGAUGUGACCAGUGAAUUGGUGUCAACAUUUCGCUCCGAGCCAACCUGUGCAGUCAUGAGUCCGUGUGGCAAGCUCCUGGCUGUUGGAACGGGGGGAGGAACUCUUCAUUUUAUAGACACAAACACGCGACAGGAAGUGAGGUCAUUGGCGAGCAACUGCGAUGGCAUCUCUGGAUGUGUUUUUCUGGGGGAAGGAUUACUUGGGACCACUUCAUAUGAUGGACAGAUAGAAGUGUGGAAUGUUGAAAAUGGCUUCAGGACUGCCCAUAUGAACGGCCAUUCAAAUAGGAUCACAGCAAGUGACAUCAGUCCUGAUAAGAAACAUUUUGCUACUGUAUCUUUAGACUUUAACAUCAAGGUGUGGUCAUCUGAAAAAACCAAGAUGGUUAGUUCCCUGUCGAACCCGAGCCCUAUGAACUGCGUGGCCUUUGACCCUGAAGGACACCUUCUGGCAGUUGGCUGUUGGGAUGGAACUGUGCGAGUGUGGAAAUGGCUUGAACAGAAAAGCCUGAUGACUCUCACAGGUCAUAAGCAGUCUGUGCGCAGUCUCUCCUUCUCUCCUUCCUCAUCUCUUCUUUGCUCGGGAAGUCUGUCUGGAGAGGUACGGUUGUGGUCGGUUUCGGCCUCAGCCUGUGUGGGGUGCUAUCAGGCACACCGUGGCUCUGCCCAAGUGCUCAGCUUCCUGCAGGGAGGGAGCGUUCUACUCAGCGCUGGAUCUGACAGUGUGGUCCAGUUGUGGUCUGGAGGUCUUGGUCACUCAGUUGCAGUACUGGGAGAGGAAAAGAGGCAAAGUCAUUCAACAGCCACUGACACUGCUUCCCUAUGUGUGGCUGUUGCUCGAGGUUAUGCUGCUGUAGGUUACCAUGGGGACGGCGUGAAGCUAUUCUCUUUGGAGUCAGCUGAGAAAGUGUGGUCCAGCGAAGACCUCAGAAUAUCCAUGCUUUGCCUGAUUUGGAUGGAGUCAGGAGAGACAGAGCUUUUGGUAUCAGGAGGUUUUGACCACCGUUUGCGUAUUUGGAGGAGACAAAAGGACAACUUGGAGGAUCUAACGCUGACAGGUUGUUUUGGGGUUCAGGGUGGUCCCAUCCUUGCCUUAGCCCAAAACUCUUCUCAUCUGGCUUCUGCCUCAGAUGAUUUUACCAUUGCUCUGUGGGCAAAGAGUGACAUGACCCCUCAGGCCUGGGUUGAGCCCAGUGUGCUCUGUGUCCUGAGAGGUCAUAACGGAGGGGUCACAUGUCUGUCCUUUAGCCCUAAUGGGGAUGAGCUUCUGUCAGGGGGAAAAGAUAAGACUUUAAUGGUGUGGAAGAUGGACUCCUCCCCUCCUGUGCUCUCUCAGUCUAUCCCUCACUGUCAUGGGGACUGGGUCACAGGCUGUAACUGGACCUCAAACUUUGUGCUGAGUUGCUCCUCUGACUGCAGCCUGCGUGUGUGGCACAAACAGACAGGCAGCUGUGUCAGAGAGAUCCUCACCACCUCUUCUCUAAGCACUCUCUGCUGUUGGGGGGAUUUGGUGAUGGCAGGGUCUGCAGAUGGUCUGGUAAUGGUGUGGAAAUGGGAAUCGGGAUUGGAGAUCACCAGGAUUCAGGCUCAUCAGUCACGUUUACAUCACUGCACUGUCAUCUCAGCACAAGACAAGGACCGGGAGAGCAAGGAAGAGGAGCUUAUGAUAGCCACUGCCUGUGAGGACGGCACUGUGAAGCUCUGGCAUCCGCUAAAAGUACAUCACCAUGGCACUCUGUAUGGACACAGUGGAGGUGUCCAGGCUGCAGUGCUCAGGCAGGGAUCAGACCCUGUGUUCCUCACUGUGUCUGAGGAUCACUCACUCAGGGCUUGGAAGUUCGCCACAGCAAUGGAGAGUCAUCCAUGCAAGAGGGGUAGUGUCAGUGCUGUGUGCUUCAUGGAGAAUGGAGAACUACUGGUGUGUGGUUAUGACACUGGUAGACUGGAGAUAUGGCAUCACAACUCAAUGGUGUACUGGAAGCAGAUGAGUGGCGGUCACAUUGGAGCGGUCACGGCUAUGCCAGACCGUCAACUUGCCAUUGGCUGCAGUGAUUGCUCUGUGUCUGUUUGGAAAUUGGACUGGACACCUCAGUCCUGCACUGCAAGGCUGUGUAAAGUCAGCUCCAACACGGUGCCAAAUCCUGUGAAAUUUCUGCAUUACUGCAGCAUCCUGCUGGGCACCUGUGUGGAUGGAGAUGUGCUCAAUGUCAUGGCCAGUGAGGACAGAACUAUAUUUAGAGGGAGCGGCGAGGUGCGACCUCUGGGAUUCGAGGGCAAUGAUGUCAAGAGCACGUGGCUGUUGGGAGAGAAUAAUGGCCAGGUUGAGCUUGGCUUCUGUUUUGCCAUGGGUUCGUCAACUUCUGUUUCCUCGGGCUUUACUUGUGUUUCACUAAGUGCUGAGGAGACAGAGGAGACAGAAGAGACAAAUGUCUCCGUAACCUCAGAGGAGAUCUGGGACACUUGUCAGAGGACAUUUGUCUCCUCUGAGGCAAGAAGAAACUGGAUUACAGCUGUCGCUAUUCAGAAAGAUUUUGUGGUGUGUGGAGAUUCGAGGGGGAAUAUUUGGUUCAAUCAGCCACCUCGCAUGACAUCUUGGACUGAAAGAAGCCCAAUGCACAGCGACAGAGUCAGCGUUCUGCGGCUAACGAGCAGCACCAUCAUCUCUGCGUCCUAUGACAGAACUGUCAAAUUCUGGGACAGAAACAGCAAGAAACAGACUGGCCUGUUUGUGUGUGGGGGGCCCGUUGUGGUGUUGGAGGUGAACCCAAGCCACCCCAAUGAGCUGGUGUGUGGAGAUGCACAAGGCCAGUUCUACGUCCUGUCUUGGAGAGACUGAACUCCCAUGUCACACAGUGACAUUCUUGCAAUAUGUACUGUAGAGUCACUACAAUAAUGUUCACUGCACCUCGUAACUGCAAGCAUUACAUAUAAAGCUAAAUUGCACAAAAGACAAUACACAGUACUUGAGGCAGCUACAUUUUGUAGCUUAUAAUAGUUUUGAGUCUGUGUGUGAGUGAUGACACUACACAGCUCUAUUCCCCAGAUUAACAGUGGCAACUGACAAAUAAGUUUUAUGGUAUUGUAACUCAAUCAUUUACAUGCUCUGAAGUGCUUACCUCUUUUCACGUGACGGCCUCUAAAUGUUGGAUGGUGUCGAGCAGGGGUCAGGGUAUUUUUUUUUUUCUUUUUUAGGAACAGAGUGAUAUUGUAUAAACCACAAGUCUACUGUUGGAAAGAGACUAAUUAUUAUGGGAUGACUGGUAAGUUAAGGGCAAACUUUGACAUUUAUUUAUAUAGCUGUUGUUGUGCUCAGUUAUUUUGGGGAGGGCAUGUGAUUCCGUAGCCUAUUUGUGGGUGUUAUAACUCUGUGUUAUGUCAAGACUUGCUGUGUGGCCACUGUGUGACUUUCAUCUCGAUCAAUAAAUAGC